UGGGAUUUGUGGUUUACUGAUGGGGAAAAUGAGUUGUACAUUUGAAGGAGUAACUACAAUACCCAGAGUUCCUUUCAUUCGACAGGGUCUUCCCCAAAGUUUUUCGGGGGAAAGGACAACAAAUGGACUCUAGGAGAAUAAUCUAAUGAUUAUUUCAAGAAAGCUAUUUGUUACAUUACGUAUCCUUAACAUUGCAAUUUCAGAUUUCGUUCAUAAUGAAAGAUGGACAGAGACCUGAGCUUUUUCGAUGGAAAAGACUGACUGAAAGCAAAAGGCCAUCACCCUUGAAGACACCGCCUGAUAGCCAUGAUAUACAGCAAUGGAUAAAGAGAGUGGAGAAGGCCUCAGAGUUUGCUGUUUCCGAAGUUUUCCCCAGCAAGAGAUCUCACCCUGGCAUGGGCAGCCAAGCCGUGGCCUUGCAGACCGUAGAUCAGCUGCAGGACCACGAUGAUGCUUACAGUGAAGCCCAGGCGAUCCUGUGUGAGUGGAUGGGCAGCAAGUUACGUAUGGAGCUGGAGAUGGAUGAGGAAGAUGAAGAGGAGGUGGAGGAAGAGGAGGAGGCUGAUAUCAGAUCCAGCAGAAGAGAGAGGAGAGGGAGGAGAGGGGUCUCUGCCUCCAGACCAGCAGGCCAUUCAUCUGCAACACAGUAUACAAGUUUCAACGACAUGUUUACAUCGCUGGAGCAGGAAGAGGAGAGCUGCGUGGUGGACAACUUCCUGCGUGAUCUGAUGCAGCAGGAGGUGCUGCCUCCUGGUGGCUUGGAGGCUCUCAGCCUGGAUGACUCGCUCUGUGGAGGAGCAGGAGGAGGAGGAGGCAGGAUGAGGAGACGCGACCCGGCUCUCACCAUGGAGGUACGACACCAACAGGUAAAGGAGAACCGGCGCAGGAGAGACGUGCAGCGGGAGAAGGAGCGGCAGGAGAGGGAAGAGAAGAUGGAGGCGCGCAAGGAGGCCCAGAGGAGGGUGAAGGAGGAGGAGAGGAGGCGCCAUCUACAGGAGAGGAGGGAAGAGGAGCAGCUGCAGCAGGAGGUGGUCAGGUUGAGGCGUGAGAUGGAGGAGAGGAGAGCAACAGAGCAGCUGGCCCGUAGGAGGGAUCGUGAUCGUCUAGACGGGGAAGUCAAGCAAAGAGCAGCAGCAGCAGCACCCGAGUCCAUUAAAUCAGCAGCUGCCUCCACCACUGCAGCGCCACUCAACUCCCAGUGGCAGAAACACACACACACACAGCUAUUACUGCAGCAACGCGUUCACGCCAGACUACACAUGCACAACCUACAAUGUGUCCAGAAGCACUUCUCGGCUUGGGUGACGUUGGUGAUGUCACGGCGUAUGUGUCAUGGCAAGGCGGCGGCGCUCUGUGAUUGGAGGAUUAAACUACGGGCCUGGAGGGCGUGGCGAGCCCUGGUCUGGACCAAUAGGAAACAGAGGGAGGCAGAGCAAACUCAGCAGGACCUGCGAUUGGACAACAGGCGUCAGCAACUGGCUGCAGAGGGGGACCGGCGGAGGCUUCUGAGGCGAAGCCUGAAUGAUUGGCGUGUGUGGUGUCGAAUGGAGCGCGAGGGACGGGAGCUGCUGCAGCAACAGGAGGAAACCAAGCGCAAGAUGGCCGCCCUGCUCACCAGCGCCGCCUCUGGCAGACUCAGGACACUACAACCUGAUCAGCCAAUCGCAGACAAGCAUGAGAGGGACAGUAAAUUAGAAGACACGGAUGCCCAGGCUGCCAGUCUGUGUGGCAUCAGCACUGCUCUGCCUGACACAGUGCCCACCCCUGCCACCGUUGCUGGCAAAGGUGCCCGUGGUGAUGGUCCCUCUGGUAUUGUUGCCCAUGGUAUUGGUAUCAGCGGAAACGGUGCCAGUGGCGAUGCCCAGGGUGUUGGUGACCCCGGGGGUUCCGUUGGCAAUGCCAGUGGCGAUGGCACCCAUGGAGAUGGCACCCGUGGCGUUACUUCAGGCAUUGGUGCCCGUGGCGUGUGCCCCCCACGGCAGGCAUGGCAGGUGACCCGGCAGCACGUUGACCUCAGUGUGGCCCAGCUUCAGCAGCUGGCCAAGAGGGACCCACAGCAGCAGCAGAGCCACCAGCUCAACUCUGCCCCCUGUGCUACUGGAGCGCAACUGCAACUGCAGCAUCAGAAGAGGCCGCUCAGUGGCGCCCCGUGUGGCGGUGGGAGCGAACGCUUCGAGCACAGGCACGUGGCACAGCGGCAGGUGAUCUGGGAGCAGAGGAGGCGCCUGAGGGAGCAGGAGGAGGAGAUCAGGAGACUGCAGGAGGAGCAGAGCAUGAGGAGGCUACAGGAGCAGGCAGCUGAAAUGGACACACACAUCAACACACUCCACAAGGAGACCGCCACUAACAUGGGCACGCAUGUCAACACACUCAACAAGGUCCCCAGCCGGAGCACUAGCGGCCCUGUAACACAACCCAGAGCCCAGGCCAUGGAUAUAAGCAGGCCGGAGGGCGUCUCAAGGGAAUCCAAUACUCUCAACACAACAGCACCACCAGCAGCCGGACACACACGCAGGAAACACACACACCCACACCCGGUGGUGCAAGCCAUGGAGGAGAGGGCCAGAGAGCGAGCGGAACGCAGGAAGGAGGUGGAGGAGAGGAAGCGAGAGAAGGAGGAGAAGAGACUGGCGGAGGUGAGAGCAGCACAGGAGGAGAGAGAGAGGAGAGAGGAGGAGGAGAAGAGAGAAGCGGCCGAGAAGAAACGAGAGGAACGCAGAAGGCAGAAGGAGCGUGAGCUUGAGAGACAGCGUAGGCAGGAGAGAGAGGAGAGGCUGGUGUGUGUGGCUAAAGAGCAUUACCGCAGGAGCCUGCUGCAGAACAGGGGACUCACACCAUGGAAACGACUUCUGGAACACACACACGCCAAUGCACAGGUGGCUGGUGAGCAUCAUGAUCGUUGGCUGUUGAGGAGCAACUUCAUGUUUUGGAACUCUGCUGCUAAGCAACGACAGGAGCAUCGCCACGCCCUAGCAACGCACCAUCAUCAACAUACACUGCUGAAGCGAUGCAUCAGGAACUGGACACGGCUGAAGGACUGCCGGGUGUUCCUGGAGGAGAGGGCGGAGAGGUUCCGGCGCGAGUGUGUGUUGAGACGAGCGUUUGGAGCUCUACUAGAUCACACCACAGAGGAGACGCUCAGGGGCUGGGACAACAUGCAGCUGGCCAUGGAACACGACCACAGGCGUGUGGUGCGCGUGUGUUUUGCUGUCUGGCGUCGUUUCCCGGAGCUCCAGCGUGUGGAGCGGGAGAGGGAGGUUCGCCGGGAGCAGCUCCGACGGAGAGUAGCCGAGAUCCUGCCGGACUUCCACCCAGCCCCCCGGGAGACCCUCUGGAGCCCCACACCACCUACACUAUAAACACACACACACACACACAC